AUGUCUCCGUCUUUGGCGCGCUCAGCUCCCAGCGAGCUCAACCAUUGGUGGACACAGCUCCGGUUUCGCCUUCAGAACAAAAAAGGAUGGAACGAGAUGUUGGACGAGACGUUUCUGAUGCACACCAAGAACAUCAACGAUAUCCCUCUUUUCUACGCGGCAAAGACCAACAGUGUGGGCUGCAUCAAGAAGCUGCUCAGCUCCUCCUCCACCAACAUCUUUGAGAGAGGUGCUCUGGGGGAGACGGCUCUGCACGUGGCUGUUAUGCACGACAACAUGGAGGCAGCUGUGGCUCUGAUGGACGGAGCUCCAGAACUGAUCAACGAACCCAUGACGUCCGAGCUCUUUCAAGGCGUGACACCGCUGCACAUCACUGUCAUCAACCAGAACUUAAAGCUGGUGCAUCAGCUGAUCAGCAGAGGAGGCGACGCGGCCACGCCCAGAGUCACCGGCCUGUACUUCAGAAAGAGGAUCGGAGGACUCAUGUACUACGGGGAGCAUGUCCUGUCGUUUGCAGCCUGUGCCGGUAAUGAGGACAUCAUCUCCAUGGUGAUAGAUGCCGGGGCGAGCACCCGAGUCCAGGAUUAUCGAGGUAACACUGUUCUCCACAUCCUGGUGCUGCAGCCCAACAAGACGAUUGCGUGCCAGGCCAUGGACCUGAUCAUGGCCCGGGACGCUGAGCUGGACCAUGCCUUGCCCCUUGACAUGGUGCCCAACUACCGCGGACUCACGCCCUUCAAAAUGGCCGCCAAAGAAGGCAACACAGUGGCCUUUCAGCAUCUUGUGAACAAGCGGCGGGUCGUGCAGUGGACUCUGGGGCCUCUGACCUCAAACCUGUUCGACCUCUCGGAGAUCGACUCUUGGGCAGACAACAUGUCUGUGCUGGAGCUCAUCGUGGGGAGCCAUCAGAGAGAAGCCAGAAGGAUCCUGGAGGUGACCCCUGUGCGACAGCUGGUCAGUCUCAAAUGGACACUUUAUGGCAAACACUACUUCAGGCUCCUGAUGCUGCUCUAUUUACUUUAUAUUGGCACGUUCACAUUAUGCUGCUCAUACCGCCCUCUAAAGGAUGCUCCGGAGAAUUACACCCAGUCAGACAUGGACAAAACUAUUCGAGUUCAGAAGACACUGAAGGAAAGUUAUGUGACGCAUAAAGACAGUCUGCGGCUGGUUGGAGAGGUCAUCAGUGUUCUGGGUGCUUUCAUCAUACUUUUACUGGAGAUCCCUGACAUAAUACGAGUGGGUGCAAAGCGAUACUUCGGACAGACUGCACUUGGAGGGCCCUUCCAUGUCAUCCUUAUCAGUUAUGCUUGCCUGGUGGUGCUGCUCUGUAUCUUCCGUGUUUGUCAGCUGGAGGGAGAAGCAGAGCUCAUGGCCGUGUGCCUGGUCCUGGGCUGGUGCAAUGUUAUGUUUUUCGCCAGAGGAUUCGAAAUGCUGGGCCCUUACGUCAUCAUGAUCCAGAAGAUCAUAUUUGGAGACUUGACCAAGUUCAUGUGGCUCAGUCUGAUUGUGCUCCUCGGAUUCUCCACUUCUCUCUGGGUGGUGUACAUGACCCAGGACGUAGACGCCAUCCCCGCCUAUCACUCCUUCCCCAUCACGCUCUUCUCUCAGUUUGAGCUCAGCGUGGGGCUUAUAGACUUACCCGUGGACCACACCAUCAUCACGCCCCCUAUCGUCCACGUGUUGCACUGCACUUUCUCUGUGGUCUCCUACAUCCUGCUGCUCAACCUGCUGAUCGCCAUGAUGAGCGACACCCACUGGAGGGUGGCCCAGGAGCGCGACGAGCUCUGGAGGACGCAGGUGGUGGCUACGACGCUGAUGCUAGAGCGGAGGCUGCCCCGCUGCCUCUGGCCUCGUCUGGGCGUCUGCGGCCAGAGCUACGGCCUCACGGAGCGUUGGUAUCUACGGGUUGAAGACAGAAAUGACCCCAUGAUGCAGAAGAUGCGUCGUUACAUCAAAGCUUUCCAGGAGGAGAAGGAGGGACAGGAGAAGAGCGACCCCAUGAAGGACUCCCACACUGACAGUCCGCAACUGCGCCCCAAAAUCAGGGACCAUGGCAGGGGGAGGCCCAUGUCAGGGUGGCAGAUCAUCCGGAACAGUGCCCUGGGACUCAACAUGGAGCCCUUUGAACCAGAAAACGAUGUGAAGUUUGUGUAG